AUUAGGUAUAAAUAAAAAUACUAUUUAAUAUUUAAAAUAUUAAAAUAAAAGAAGUAAUGAGAACAUAUUAAAAUUUAAUAUAAAUAUAAUAAAAAUUGUUAGUACACCAUUUUAAGCUUCGCUUGUGCUAGAAUUCUCAUAAUUUGAGAAACCGAAGAUUAAUAUAUAGUUUGUGUUUAACUAAAUGUUUAGAACCCUAUUCGAGAAGAGAACUUUGCAGCAACCACGCUCGAAUAUAUGUAAUGCAUUACAUACACACAUUUUUUCUCAAAAAUAUAUAUGUAGUGCAUUGUAAUCUGGUGGAAAUGCUUUGAGAGUAGGACCACGUGAGACCAGAUUGGUGACCACAUUUUAAGAUGUGAGACUGUUGAAGAAAAGCUUUCGGUGGCUGAUUGAUUGUACAGAGAAUGCAGAGGGCCGAAGACUUAGUUUAGGUUACUUAAGAGUUUAGAGCAAUCUGUUUUAUCUUCUUUAAAACAUUUUAUUUAAGUUUCAAAGAAAAAACAUUCUAUUUGAUUUAUUCUUUAACUUAACUCAACUAAUUUCGUAUUUCAUAUACUACUUUUCCUCUCAUAUAGUCUUUCCUUGGUAAGGGUUAUUCCUAUUUCCUCCUUCUUCUUCUUCAGGCCAAUUGACUAGUCUCGUAUUGAUAAAUUUAUGAGAUAAAUUUUAGAAAUGAUUAAUUCAAAAAAAAAAAAAAUUUAGAAAUGAUAUAGUAUAUAUAUAUAUAUAUAUAUCUAAGAAUGAUCAAUGUUGAAAUGGGCCAUAUUUUGGAUCUAUAUGUUCCCCAGUAACACAAAUGAGUUUGGUACUUCAUUUUUGUUUUUUGUAAAUUGAUGUGAUUAUGUUACAUUUUCAAGAAGCAACAAUGAGAAUGCACUGGCUCCGUCUCCCUCUCCAGUACCAAACAAGAAUGGUCAAAGGCAUAGGUAAGUGAAUCCAUCGUUUCAGUCAUCAUAUUUUUGAAGUCAAUUUUGUAAGAUAUUUUUUUUUACUAUAAAAAGCAUCAAAAUGGCCUGGAUUUUCAAUCUUGUACAGCACAUCUAAAAACAUUGGACCAGCGCUGGCUCCAAUUCAAGCCAUACCGAAAAUAACUGCAGGAGCAAGACGUAAGUUUUUUCCUUUCUCACACUAAAAUUUAUUGCCUCUUAUUUAGUUGAUGAGACUUUUAGGUUGAACAUUUUGCAGAAAAACUAUCAUGGAAGUUGAAACUCAUAUUCGGUACCCUAUCCCUAAUCCAUGUGACAGUUACUCAUGUACAUAGGAAAAAAAAACUGAGUUUAAACGCUUGUUCUCUUACUGUAGGUGCCUUAGGAGCUUCUGUAUUUAUCAUUAUUGCGGUCUUUUUUUAUGGUGAGAGCAAAACAUGCGAGGAAGAGUAGUAGGAAUGGAAAGAACUUUGAAGCAGUUGUAAUGUUGAGACUAUACAGUUUCGCGAGAAUCAAGAAGAUGACAAACUCAUUCGCUCAUGUUCUCGGGAGGAGGAUUUGGAAUUGUAUACAAAGGAAAAUUACCUGAUGGAGGCCGAGACAUCGCAGUAAAGAUCUUGAAAGAUGUAAAGGGAAAUGGAGAAGAGUUCAUCAAUGAAAUAGCUAGCAUGAGUAGAACGUCUCAUGUUAAUGUUGUUUCUCUGCUUGGAUUUUGCUAUGAAGAGAACAACAAAGCUAUAAUAUACGACCUCAUGCCGAAUGGAUCCCUUGAUAAGUUCAUUGCCGAGAAUAUGUCAGCGAAGAUGGAAUGGGAAACGUUAUACAAGAUUGUGGUAGGUUUGUCUCGCGGCCUAGAAUAUUUGCACAAUCGUUGUGUAUCGAGGAUUGUGCAUUUUGAUAUAAAACCACAAAACAUACUCAUGGACAAAGAUUUUUGCCCCCAAGAUUUCAGAUUUCGGGCUUGCUAGGCUUUGCAAGAAUAACGAGAGCAUCAUGUUCUCUUGUGUUUACCCACGGUAGCUGUUCCAGAAAUUCUUGAAGAUGGUAAUGAGACUUCAAGCAUCUCUAACGCAAGUCAGUUUGAAAGAUGUACUCUCUCACCUGGCAAAGACACUUUACGCAUCUCUAUUUCCCAAGAAAACAUAGUUCAGUGUCCAGACUCUUAAAUUAAAGUCAAGUGUGGAUCUUUUAUAACUUGUCAAGAUGUUGAUAUACUUUCGUUGGUUGUUAGUUCUGAUUUGAUUGUGUUGUUUAAAUACUUACAAGAUAAUAUCCGAUGUUCUUUUCUUUUGACGCAGACAGCCAAAUCGUUAAUGAUAGCAAUGAUUUUUAGUUUCUAUUGUUGCUAAAAAUGAUUGUUUAGCUCUGGUAAAAAAAAAAGGUCAUGAGAUGAAUAUCAUAUGAUUGAUUGGCCUGAACUGGAUAGGCCAUAUUUUAAAAUGCUAAUGCUGAUUAUAGGAAUCAUUUAGUCCACAAAAGUGGAAUAUUAUCAAAUAAACACAUGGCGCGAGUUGAGUGUGCAUGAAUCAUAAAAACAAUUGGAGAUGCGGGGGAUCGAACCCCGUGCCUCUCGCAUGCAAAGCGAGCGCUCUACCAUUUGAGCUACAUCCCCAUGUUGAUAUACAUAACAUAAUAUAAAAUACGUAUCCAAAGAACAACGUCCAAAGACAGCAAAAAAAGUUCGUUAAGUUGGUUACAAAUAGUUGCGAGGGAAAACCCAGGAAUUGCGCUAACAUUUAGGAUCUCAAGGUUGAGAUUCAGUCUUCUUCCGCCAUUCACGAACCAUCUUCAAACCUCUUAUUAUAUAUCUUACUAGAGAAAAAAUCACCAAAAAAGAAAAAAAAAAACACAACAGAACUCAAGAUCUCAGUUUCCGACAACAUGUCGUCAGGAUCCGACAAAGACAGAGAGACAUUCGUCUACUUGGCUAAGCUCUCCGAACAGGCCGAGCGAUACGACGAGAUGGUGGAGACAAUGAAGAAAGUGGCGAAGGUGGACAGCGAGCUGACGGUUGAGGAGAGGAAUCUGUUGUCGGUUGGUUACAAGAACGUGAUCGGAGCAAGACGUGCCUCGUGGAGGAUAAUGUCGUCUAUCGAGCAGAAGGAAGAGUCCAAAGGCAACGAAUCAAACGUGAAACACAUCAAGGGUUAUCGCCAAAAGGUAGAAGACGAGCUUGCUGACAUCUGUAAAGAUAUUCUCACUAUCAUUGAUCAGCAUCUCAUCCCUCACGCUACUUCAGGAGAAGCUACCGUUUUCUAUUACAAGAUGAAAGGUGAUUAUUACCGUUACUUGGCUGAGUUUAAGACUGAACAAGAGAGGAAGGAAGCUUCUGAACAGUCGCUCAAAGGCUAUGAGGCUGCAACACAAGCUGCAAGCACUGACCUUCCUUCGACACACCCGAUUCGUCUUGGACUUGCUCUUAACUUCUCUGUUUUCUACUAUGAGAUCAUGAACUCUCCUGAAAGAGCUUGCCAUUUGGCCAAGCAAGCCUUUGACGAGGCCAUUGCGGAGUUGGAUACUCUAAGUGAGGAGUCGUACAAGGACAGCACUUUGAUCAUGCAGCUCCUGAGAGACAACCUUACCCUCUGGACUUCUGAUCUUCCUGAAGAUGGAGGAGAAGACAACAUUAAGACCGAUGAAGCCAAGCAAGAACCGGCUAAGCCUGCAGAAGCCACUGAGGUGACUAACCUGUAAAUAUAUGUCAAUGUGUUCUUGUUAUGUUAAUAAGCUAAUGUGGUUUAUUAUUUUUCUUGUGUGUUUGUUUCAGAACUGAUCGAAGGCUCUGGAAGUUGAAUGAGUUUAGAUUUGAUGCCCAGAAGGGGGAGGACAAUUCCUUUGAAUUCCAUAGCUUGGUUCUAUCAAGAAGAUGUGAUCAGAAACAAUUGAAUUCAAUCCUAUAUUCAUUUUCUUUUGUUACCUUUUUGUUAUUUACUUUCUUGUCAGUCUCAUGAUAUCAAAUAUUUUAUGAUAUGCAUUUAUCUUAUGAUUUGUUCAGAUAUGUUUUGACUAUUUUUAUGCAGAACAAUCAAUUGU